GUCAACGUCAAGAGCAGGCCGAUAUGUUACCAAAAUUUUCAAGUGCUGGAAAUAUUUCACAAAUGCAAUCCAACUUCGAUAAUUUUAAUAGGUCUCCAGAAUUUACACAUAUCUUGGAAAUGCAAUCCAACUUCGAUAAUUUCAAUAUGUCUCCAGAAUUUACACAUAUCUUGCAAAUGCAAUCAUUGGAUAAUCUUGAUGGACAUAUUGAUGGCGAUUAUAUCACACAAAUGCAAGCCAAUUUCUAUGAAUCACCAGAACUAGCAAGUAUUGAAAUCAAUGUUCAACAAUUCUAA